UUCUGCCGUCCCCCUCUUAGUCUCCUAUAUGAUGGAAAAGACAGCCAACGCACUAUAAUUCUCUCGUGUUCAUCUCACGCCUUCCUCCUUCCUCCUAUCAAAUAUUUCCAUCCUCUCCUUCCCCCGCUGGUCAUUCAGGAAAUGAAGAAGAUUGUGUUGAAGUUGGAACUACAUGAUUACAAGGACAAACAGAAGGCCAUGAAGGCUGUCUCCACCCUUCGAGGGAUUAAUUCGAUUGCAAUAGAUAUAAAAGAGAAGAAAAUGACGGUGAUCGGAUCUGUCGAUCCCAUAAACGUGGUGAGCAAAUUAAGAAAACAGUUGCAGACGGAUGUAGUCUCUAUUGGGGCAGCCAAGGAGGAGAAGAAGGAAGAGCCCAAGGAGGUGCCAAAGAAGGAGGAAGUAAACAAGGAAGAAGAAACCAAGGAGGAGAAGAAGGAAGAGAAGAAAGAGGAACCCAAGAAGGAGGAAGAAAAGAAAGAGGAGACCAAGAAGGAGGAAGAGAAGAAAGAGGAGACCAAGAAGGAGGAAGAGCCCAAGGAGGAGGAGAGGAAGGAGCCUGCGAAAGAGGAGAAGGAGCCCCAUGAGCAAAUUAUGGCAGAGCUAGUCAAUGCAUACAGAGCCUACCACAAUCCUCACGUGUACCACAAUCCUCACAUGACCAGGCAUUACCACCACUACUAUGCGCAGAGCUCAGAGGAGAAUCCAAAUUCUUGUAGCAUGUUGUGAUCAUGAAACAGCAAGAGAAGAUAGAUAGAGUGCGUGGAACUUUGGGUUGAUCCGAAACAAAGGCUGUCGAACAAUAGAGACGUGGCCCUCCCUGUACAUACGUGAUGGUGAACUGCUCAAGGCCUUUCUGUUAAUUAGUAGUAUGUUAAAUAAUGGUGGGAGGGAUGAGUUCUGAUGCUUCCUCGCCAACCCAUGUUCAAGAUCUUCAAUAAGAAUUUGACAUUGUAUCAGUUGUAUAUAUUUAUCUGAAGAGGCUUGCGGACUUCAUAUCUUAAUCUCAAUAAUGGGAUUCGUCGGGGAUGUAUCUUUCCAGCUAGAAUCCUCUGUAGCAGUUUGACCCCAUACGUGCAUGAUCUCAUGAUGGCUUAGUCGA